CGCGUCCAUAGCGAUUUGGUGACUCCAACUACUCAUUGUUUUUCUCCUUUUUCAAUUCCUCUUCUUCUUCACCGGAGCAGAAAUGAGGUCUAACAUCGUUUCUGAGGCAGGGCUGCAGACUAGGUUAGGGCAAUGGUGGGAGGGCAUUCCGUUCCUUACUUCUGCCGUGGUUGGUGUUUGUGCAACUAUUUAUGUGGUUUGCCUCUUGGCUGGAUAUGACUCCUAUUAUGAAGUUUGCUUUCUGCCGUCUGCGGUUAUUUCAAAAUUCCAAGUCUACAGGAUUUUCACCGCUGUUCUGUUUCAUGGGUCACUGCUUCAUGUACUGUUCAACAUGAUGGCGUUGGUUCCUUUGGGUUCUGAGUUGGAGAGGAUUAUGGGGUCUGUACGCUUGUUGUACAUAAUCAUUCUGUUGGCUACAACCAAUGCGCUGCUCCAUCUUCUCAUUGCACUUCUGGUGGCCUAUAAUCCUAUUCACCCUUUCGAGUAUCUAAUGAAUGAGUGUGCAAUAGGCUUCUCUGGAAUCUUGUUUUCUAUGAUUGUAAUAGAAACAAGUCUCAGUGGACAGCAAUAUAGAAGUGUGUUUGGACUCUUUAAUGUGCCUGCCAAAUGGUAUGCAUGGAUCUUGCUGGUAGUGUUCCAACUUGUUAUGUCUAAUGUUUCAUUACUGGGACACCUGUGUGGAAUUCUGUCUGGCUUCGCGUAUAGUUACGGCUUAUUCAAUUUCCUCAUUCCAGGACCAUCCUUCUAUUCCAAAAUUGAGGCCUCCUCAUUGCUUUCAUCUUGUGUGGGACGGCGUAAAUUUAUUUUGUGCACUGGUGGAAAUCCCUCUGCCUCCAUCCCUACAUAUUCAAGCCAAGACACCACAUCUAGCAGCGGAUUAUUGUCGGGAAGUUUAUGGAGAAACUUGUCUUCAUGGAUCCCGCGGAGAGAAACAUCUCCUCAGGGAACACAAGACGGUCAAAUGUUUCCUGGAAGGGGCAGGACACUGGGGUCUGGUGCAGGUCAGGCUGUUUUUGAUGUUAAUUCAGAUUCAAACUUACAGGCUAGACUGUUGGAUAGUGACUCAGAACAUCUACCUGAUGCAGGACAGCAGUUGUCUAAUGGAAGGCGACCAAUAAAUAAUACGGUGGCAGUUGGAGCUGAAAUUCCUGUUCACCAUCAGGACUAUGUGGCUUCUGAAGAAGCAAUACAAAAGCUUGUGUCGAUGGGUUUUGACAGGACGCAGGUUGAAGUUGCAUUAGCAGCUGCGGAUGGUGAUAUUAACGUGGCAGUCGAAAUUCUGAGCCAACAGGGUUAAAAUGCAAGCGAACAUGCUAACUUUCGUCUUCCCAGAUCUGAACCUCCAAUGGAUCGUUGUAUUUGCCCAGGUCCACUAUCACAGCUAUGUGAGGUUCCCAAUCUUGUAUACUGUAUAUUGUUUGAGAGCAUCAUAACUGAAUUUUCUGGGCAUAAAAGAUUCUGUAUGGGAGACUUCAAGCUAACAUUUGGUAAAAGAAAAGGUACAUAAAUGGUCUAAUAUGUUCCGACAAAAAAAGAAACAAAGAGAAAGGAAGAUAGUUCAGACUUAA